AUGCAGCUGACCCUCCCUCUCCUGACACUCCUCGCCGGAGUCUCGGCCGCACCAAUUAAGGGCCUCGACCGCGCAACGAUCCAAGAUGAAUACGACUUCAUCAUAGCAGGAGGCGGCACCGCCGGCCUCGUCCUCGCAAACCGCCUCUCCGAGUCCGGCAAACAGCGGGUCCUCGUCCUUGAAGCGGGGCCGAACCCCGAGGUUGUCUCCGCAUACAAGCCGCCCGGCGGCAACCAGUUCCUCGGCGGAACCGCCAUCGACUGGUCCUUCUACACCACUCCGCAGGAACACCUCGACGGCCGCAUCCUCCGCUACCACCGCGGUCGGUGCCUCGGCGGCAGCAGCGUGACCAAUGGCUUCUACUACGGUCGUGGCAGCUCGUCCGUCUACGAUGAUUGGGUCAAAGUAGGGAACCCGGGUUGGGGAUGGGACGACGUGUAUCCUCUGUUUGUUAAGGGUACGCACUUUAACCCUCCAACGGACCACGAAGUCCGAGGCUUCGACGUCUCCUACAAAACCCACGACCCCUCCGCCUACGCCGAUGGUCCUCUCCAGCUCGGCUUCCAGGGCUACGUCCCACCUUCGGGCGUAGGCUUUAUCGAGGCCGCCUCUGAAGCCCUUCAGAUCCCCAUCGUCGAGGACCACAACACGGGCAACAGCACCGGCGUGAAGCAGGGUACAGGCCACCUCGACGCCGGGUUCAUGCGCAGCUCCAGCUACGAUAGUUAUCUGAAGCAGGCCGAGGGCCGGAAAAACCUUGAUGUUCUGCACUUUGCUCCCGUGUGGAAGAUCAACUUUGACCAGGUGGAGGGGAAGAACCCGAGAGCCGUAGGUGUCGCUUUCAUGGACCAUCCUACGGGUAUCGUACAUGAGGUUAGAGCGAAGAAGGAAGUUAUCGUCAGCGCGGGGGCGUUCAACUCGCCUCAACUCCUAAUGGUUUCUGGAGUCGGUCCAUCCUCCCAGCUCAACGAAUUCGGCAUCGAACCCGUCCACAUCAACGAGAACAUCGGCCAGCAGUACGUACCCCUCCUUCUCACCCCUCUCACAUUACGACUAACAUCAAAUCCCCUAAGCCUGAACGACCACUCCGUCUUCAGCAUAAUGGCCCUCUCGACCCCCGAAUUCUCAACAACAGACAUGGCAGCAACCUACCAAUCCCUCCGCGCCGCACAAGAUGAGUUCUACAAAAACACCACGGGCGAGUACACGGCCCCCUCGGGCAUCACAAACGCCUUCCAGAAGCUCUCGGUCGACGAGUUGCAGGCCAUCGGCGCGGGCGACGUCGUCACCGCGGGGCUGGCGAACCAGUCGCACAUCGAGUACCUCUUCGAGAGCGUCUUUUACCCGAGCGGGCCGACGCCGUACUACACGCCCCGCGGUAACGAGACGUACAUUUCCCUCACGGCGUCGAGUAUGGUGGCUCUGUCGAGGGGAAAUGUUACGCUGAGGUCAAAUUCUAUGGCUGAGACGCCGAGAAUCAAUCCUAAUUACUACGCCCACCCAGCUGACCGCAAAAUCGCCCUCGCCUCCUUCAAAUACCUCCGCAAGAUCCUCGCCCAUCCGCGCAUGUCAGAAUACACCGUCGGCCCAUCCCACGGCGAAGUCUCCCCUGGCGCCGGCGUCUCGGAAGACGACGAGGACACCGUGCUGGCCUACGUCCGCGCCAAUACCAUCCCCAACUGGCACGCCUCCGGCACGAACCAGAUGCUGCCCGAAGACAAAGGCGGCGUCGUAGACCCGCGGCUGAGGGUGUACGGCGUGGCCGGGCUGCGAGUCGUGGAUUGCAGCAUCAUUCCCAUCCUGCCUGAUGUUAAUAUCGUGGGGUCGGUGUAUAUGAUUGGGGAGAAGGGGGCGGAGAUGAUCCGGGAGGAUUGGGGGGAUUCGUGA